GGGCGGGAGAGCUGCGCCUGCCGCACGGACCGGUGGCCACCCCUGUGUUCAUGCCCGUGGGCACCCAGGCCACCAUGAAGGGCAUCACGACCGAGCAGCUGGACGCUCUGGGCUGCCGCAUCUGCCUGGGCAACACCUACCAUCUGGGUCUGAGGCCGGGCCCCGAGCUGAUCCAGAAAGCCCAGGGUCUGCACGGCUUCAUGAAUUGGCCCCACAACCUGCUGACGGAUAGCGGCGGCUUCCAGAUGGUGUCCCUGGUCUCCCUGUCCGAGGUGACCGAAGAGGGCGUCCGCUUCCGGUCCCCCUAUGAUGGCAAAGACACCCUUCUGAGCCCAGAGAAGUCUGUGCAGAUCCAGAACGCGCUGGGCUCGGACAUCAUCAUGCAGCUCGAUGACGUGGUUAGCAGCACGGUGACAGGGCCACGCGUGGAGGAGGCCAUGCACAGGUCAGUCCGCUGGCUGGACCGGUGCAUUGCAGCCCAUCGUCGGCCGGACAAGCAGAACCUCUUCGCCAUCAUCCAGGGCGGGCUGGACGCGGACCUCCGGGCCACCUGCCUUGAAGAGAUGACCAAGAGGGACGUGCCAGGCUUUGCAAUUGGGGGCCUGAGUGGGGGCGAGAGCAAGGAUCAGUUCUGGAGAAUGGUGGCCCUGAGCACCGCCCGGCUCCCCAAGGACAAGCCACGAUAUCUGAUGGGAGUUGGCUAUGCCACUGAUCUGGUGGUCUGCGUGGCCCUCGGAUGUGACAUGUUCGACUGUGUCUUUCCCACGCGGACUGCGCGCUUUGGCUCCGCCUUGGUGCCCACCGGGAACCUGCAGUUAAAGAAGAAGCAAUAUGAGAAGGACUUCCGCCCCAUAAACCCUGAGUGCACCUGUCCCACCUGCCAGAAGCAUAGCCGAGCCUUCCUGCACGCGCUGCUCCACAGCGACAACACGGCCGCCCUGCACCAUCUCACUAUCCACAACAUCGCCUACCAGCUGCAGCUGAUGAGCGCCGUGCGGGCCAGCAUCUUGGAGAAGCGCUUUCCUGACUUCGUGCGGGACUUCAUGGGCACUAUGUACGGGGACCCCACCCUCUGUCCUACCUGGGCCACUGAGGCUCUGGCCUCUGUGGGCAUCACACUCGACUGACCUGGCAUCGGGAGAGGGAAGGUGGGAAGGGGUGCUCAAUCUUGAAGAAUGUUGGAAGGCUUUUUUAUCCUUA